AGCCAGACCACGACGUUUCACGAACUGACGUGUCGCAUUCUGGUUAUUAUUGAGAAAAACAGUGUUACAUUUCAUGCUUGUUUGGCCAACAGGUAUUACCGAAAGAUUGGACAAUGUCACAACCGAGCAAACACGACAUUUCUGCUAUUUUUAAGCGACUACGCGCCAUCCCUACGAAUAAGGUUUGCUUUGACUGCUCAGCUAAAAACCCCAGUUGGGCCAGCAUCACCUAUGGUGUAUUUCUAUGUAUAGAUUGCUCUGGGACACACAGGUCUCUGGGGGUGCAUCUGUCCUUCAUCAGGUCCACUGAGCUGGAUUCUAAUUGGUCAUGGUUUCAGUUAAGGUGUAUGCAAGUGGGAGGCAAUGCCAGUGCAAUUGCAUUUUUCAGUCAGCAUGGCUGCAAAGCCAAUGCUGCCAACGCCAAGUAUAACAGCAGAGCUGCCCAGCUGUACAGAGAAAAGAUAAAGACUUUAGCAACACAAGCCACCAGACGCCAUGGCACUGAGCUGUGGCUUGACAGUCAGGCUCCUCUUUCUCCGACAUCACCAGACGAGAAGCAGGUUGACUUCUUCAGUCUGCACACACAGUCUGAUCUUGAAAAUCUGAACAUGGCCAAAAUGAGCCUCAGCGCAUCCACAUCAGAUAAGCCUGUUAUUGCAGAAAAAGAAGAUGACAAAAAUGGUAAUCCAGAGGAGGGUCCUAGUGUGGAAAUGUUGAGUGUCUCUCCAAAAGCAAAUCCAGAGCCAUCCUCUCUUCUCAAGAAGAAGCCAGCCACUGCCAAGAAAACAUUGGCAUCUAAAAAAGGAGGUCUUGGGGCCCAGAAGGUCAGCAGCCAGAGUUUCUCUGAGGUGGAGAAGAAGGCUCAAGCUGCAGACAAACUUAGAGAAAAAGAAGAGAGUGUUGCAGGACCCAAGAAGAAUAUUCAACCUGAUGAAUCCAUUGCUCCGUCUCUGCGACUGGCUUACAAAGAUCUUGAGGAGCAGAGGAAACGAGAAGAGAAGAAGUUGAAGAAUUUAGAGGGGAAGAAAAAGGAGCAAGCUGAGAGACUGGGCAUGGGUCUGGGCAUCAGGAGUGGUGUUUCUCACUCUGUAACAUCAGACAUGCACCUCAUCCAGCAGGAGAGUCCACAAGGGAUCAAGACUAACAAGAGUCGGAGAUUCACUGAGGAAGAUGAUGAUGAAGGCUCCUUCAGCUCAAGGAUCUUGUCCCGAUUUGAGGAUCAAACAGAAGCCUGUGAUAACUUUUCAUCUCGGUGGGGGGAUGCAAGUGAAGGAGGAGGAUGGAUGAAAGAGAGCAAGAAACCAGAGCCAGACUUCUACAUAACCUCCACUAUAACCUCUGUGGAUGACAGGCCAGCGUCUAGGAGGAAGCCUGAAGCCCUACCCGUGUCAGAUACAGGAGAAGCUCAGAAAAAGUUUGGAGGUGACGUCAAAGCCAUUUCUUCUGACAUGUACUUUGGAAAACAAGAUAACUCUGAAUAUGAGGCUAAAACUCGAUUGGAGAGGCUUGCAGGGAGCUCUUCUAUUAGUUCAGCAGACCUGUUUGAUGAUCCAAAGAAACAAACUGCAAGUUCAUACCGUCUGACCAACGUUCUGCCCAACGCUCCUGACAUGACACAGCUCAAACUCGGAGUUCGCUCAGUUGCAGGAAAACUGUCUGUCAUGGCGAGUGGUGUAGUUAAUACUAUACAGGAUCACUACAGUUCCUGAGUGGCGGUGUGUCUCCUGUUGGAUUCAGCCUCUUCUGUCGUCGUCCUCAGUUCAGCAGAGUCAGAUAGCUUUGUCAAUGAGCAGUGGUUCCUCAUAUGGGGAGAGAACAGAUCACCCAGCACUGUGAGCUGAUCUGCUCCAUGAGAUAUAAUAUGAGAUGCUACCCCUACAUAGCCUUGUGUACACUGCUAAUUUUUAUUAGAUAAUGUAUGUAUACAACAGUUCUUACAGUCGAGAUGACUGAAGCACAAUAUUUUCAGUGGAAAUGCUUUCACCUUACAGGCAUCCUGAAGGGAAGUGUAUGUGUAUAGUACAAUGGUUGAAGAAUAUAUAGUUUAUUUCAUAUUUUUGCUUUGAGGUCUUUGGGUUUAAAUAUUUAGAAAUGUUGCACGUAGCAGUUUGGGAAGAUUUUUGGUUUAAUACUGGUGUUAUGAAGGAGGGAGUAGCUGUGUGAUUCCUCAAGAUGAUUAGGUCAAAACCCAAGCAGUGAAACAGUCCUGCUAUAAGUAACAAAUCAGGUUUCUGAGUCUUAAUUCAACACAUGCACCCUGAAUGAUGCUGUCCUUAGUUUUUUUUCUCAUAUAUAUAUAUAUAUAUAUUGCACAUACCUAUAGGUUUAAGACAAUAUUCCUCUCCCAAGUGCACUUACAUUUGUUCUUCCACAGAAAGGACCAAACCUGAUGAGGCCUUGGGAGUCACAUUUAUUUCAGUGAUGUAAAGCUAUGUUGGCCUCUUUAACAUAUAUACUUCAUUAUUUUUUGAGAAAAAAAAACAAAGUAGAUUCCAAAUUUGUGUACAAAGAAAUAAAUCGGUAAAACAACAGUUAAACAAUUAAACCCAUAUCAGUACUUAUCACACUAGAUAACCCUGCAUUAUGUAGGUCAGUUGCACUAAGCUUUGCUCAGUUCAGUUGCUUUGAAUAAGACACCUUAAGAUGGUGUAAUCACCAUGGUUUUGGCAUUUUAUACUUUAACUGCGUAGAAUUUGAGCUGGUGUCUUUGGUUUUGACUCUUGUAGCUGAGUUUUGAAGUAAUUUGUCUUAUCUCUGCUGUAAAUUCCUAAGUUGUUUCCUUUGUUUUAUUCUUUGUUGCACGCCUUAGAGUCUUGAAAGAUGUGGUUUAAUCACACACACUCUUUAAAUGUAAAGCUUCACAACAGCUUUAAAAUCUUCAGAGGUCACUCUUUGUUCCUGUAAUAUACUGCCAAUUAUAGUUAAUUUCCUAAAAUGUAACAAAGGCCUUAAUGGGAGACAAACAGCACCGGAUUUGGCACUAUAUUGUUAUUUGAAUUUAAUGUCAAAGCAAUAGGAUAAUUACUAUACCUGCCAUGGCUUUGGUGUGGCUUCUGCUUGAGCAUUGGGUAAAAGUUUGCCAUGAUGCUAAAAAUGCUACUUCAGAUAUACAUUUGGGUAGAAUAAAGAGAGUAAUAUUUAUAAUGCUCAGAUGGGGUCAUUAACAUUACAUUUAUAUACUGUUUAUGCUUCUCAGGUUUUUUAUUUAUGAAAUAUUGAUACUAAAACUGAGAGGUGUAAAUCCAUCAAUGACCAAAUAUUUGUUUACUCCAUCACUAUAUGCCUUAGUCCAAAGAUCUCUUAAUUACAUGCCCUAAAAUUACAAAAUUGUGGAGUCAUCUUGUUACCUUUGCAUUUGCACAUUAUUUGUAAAAAUAAAUAAAUCAAAAUGCACAUGGCAGCUUUUGCUUGAAUGUACUGUACUGAACUAUUGUGUUGACAAUACGUCCCUGUAGACAGGACUGAUUUUUGUAGCAUUGUUUGUGUCUUUUGCUGUUAGUGUAUUAAUUUUGUUAAUUGUUAAGUAGAAGAAUAGCAGCUUGUGUAAUUUACAUGGCCUGUGUAGCUGUUAGGACUUGCUAAAAUGUAUGGCUGCCAUUCCCAUCAUUAAAAAAAA